AUGCUGCCUUUGAUAUCUUGUCUGCUGGCACUUUGCCCGCUUGCGGUCCUCGCCGGACCGGCUCCCGAGCUCCAGAAGCGAUCCAUCACGUGUCUCAAGAUUGGAGAUAACGCAACGGCCACAUGGAAAAACGCCGCCGGGCAGACGUGCACCUUUACGGGCGUUGUGGGGAGUAACUUUGGAACCAAUCCAGCCGGCACGGGAGACUAUUCGUGCAACGGCCGAUGUGGUGCCGGCUGCAGCGGAUCCUCUCUGGGCAACGCUUACACGCAGGACUGCUUCUCUCACGAUAUGUGCUCCUUCUUCAACAAUGCGAGCGGCGGUGAAAGUGACCCCAACUGCGGCGCGGCUUUCAAAGAUGCUGUCGACGACACUGCCUUCGGCACCCUCAGAGGGUGUGGGGAAUCCAACCCCAACCCGCCAAACCCCGUUGAUAAGCCCACGACGCAGCCUAUCUGCAGUUAGACUGGAAUUUGUUAUUGUGAGCGGUAGCAAGGCGUUGGAGGGCAGAUUGUCAUGAGUUGGAUGUUUCGCAUGUACAAAUUCGCGGACUCGGAGCGAGCCAAUUCGGAGAAGAGCCAGUUCUUCAAAGUGGGGUGGGCAAAGGUGAUGGAUGACUCCGGCCCCGGAGCCCACGACCGGCGGGGGCGGGAAGAAC